UUCAGCAGUGCGCCAUCAGCAGCGAGUCCCCGAAGCUACAAGAGACGAGAUGCCCAGCCCUGCCGCCGCCCGCUGCUUGGUCCUCCUGCUCCUGCUACAAGCGGCGCUUGCCUUUCCUGACUACAAAGACCUUCGCGACCUGUACGAGCUGAUGGCCAAGGGUGAGCAGGACAGUGUCGGCCAUGCCAUGGAGCGCAAGGCCGGCUACACACCGACCCUGCGCUUGCGGUUUGGACGCCGCUCGGAUCCGGCUUGGAACGAGGCGAGGACUUGGGACGCUCAGCGGACAGCCUGAACGGAGAGAAUUCGCUCUCUAUGCGUGAAAUAAACCGAUGAUUCAU